AUGGCGGACGAGGUCGCCACCGCGGAGGAGACCCCCGGGGCGGAGGAGGUCAGCAACCCGGAUGCACCGGCGGCAGAGUCUAAGGAGGAGUCAAAUGAGCCAAACGACGACGCGAAGACCGGCGUCAAGUACAAAGGGGUGGUGAACUGGUUCAACGUCGCCAAGGGAUUCGGCUUCGUGACGCGCGACGACGGGGUCGGCGACGUGUUCGUGCACCAGUCCGACAUCUACGCGGAGGGUUUCCGCAGCUUGCGCGACCAGGAGCCCGUCGAAUUCGAGCUCGAGCCCAUGGGCGACGGCAGGUACAAGGCCGUCAAGGUGACCGGCCCAGACGGCGCGUUCGUCCGAGGCGCGCUCCCCCGCAACUCCUACAGACAAAGAGGCCCCUACACCAUGGCCAGGGGCGGGAUGCGGGGCCCGGGAGGGAUGACGAUGAUGGGCAACGGCAUGGGGAUCCCGGGGUACCCGGGCGGACCGGGCGGGCCACCCAUGGGAGGAAUGGGACCCGGAGGACCCAUGGGAAUGAUGGGGGGAAUGGGGGGAAUGAUGGGGUCCCCGCCGAACGGUCUGGCCAUGGGCAACGGCGACGGCGGCGGGCUGCCGGCGCCGCUGCCGCAGCCGCUGGGGGGCGGCUUCGGAAACCCGCCGGGGGCCAACGGUGGACCCAUCGGCGGCAAGCGCGUCGUCGUGCUGAACCUCCCGUGGCAGACCACUUGGCAGGCCCUCAAGGAGUUUUUCGCCGGCGUCGGGGCCAUCACGAGGGCGGAGAUUGCAUCCGACGAAGACGGGCGGUCCCGCGGGUACGGCACGGUUCGGUUCUCGAGCGAGGAAGAAGCCGCGCGAGCCAUCGCGACGCUCAACGGCGCCGAAUUCGAGGGUCGCAUAAUCACGGUUCGCAUGGACAAGUAUCAGCAGUGA